GAAGCAGAAAGGGAAAGCAAUGGACUGUCGACUAUGGAAUCUGGACCCCACCCUCGUCAAGUCCGAGAUUUUUCAACAAACCAGACUUAGAUCCUACUGUUUCUGUGUGCUCCAAGCUGAAACUGAGACUGAAAGAAGGCAACAAAAGGGGGAAAACAACGAGAUCAAGCAAUGGUAACGGGAGUUACUCGAAGCGAAGCAGUGAGUACGUUCAACGCCCGUCCAGCAGCUCACAUCCGUUCGUGAACCCUAAUGAAUUCAGCGCUUAAUGAUGCCGUAGGUUUUCGGUGAUGGUGGGGCACGUGGUGCGAACCGACGGCGGCGAUGCGGGUGGUGAGCUGCAAUGGAGGUGUAGAAGAAGAGGCGCUCCGAAUUGGAGGUGCAAAGAGCGGGCGUUGGCUGGUAGGGCUUAUUGUGAGAGGCAUUUUUCUUGGUUUCAGAUGAAGGGGUGGGCGAGCGACGGGCCUUCGGCUGAUGGAUGGCCGCGCAAUUGGGACUCGCCGCCGCCGACGGGCGGGAAUCAGGUUCCCGCGGUGGCUUCCGACGGCCAGGGAGAGAAUGCUGGUGUGUCUGCCGGUUACAAUUUCUUUCGCGAGAUGUUUGCUAGGUGUAACGAAGCGGUUCUCGGGUCUGACCCGGUUCUGUCCUGGUUCAGUGAGUUGAGCGAAGAGCGUACUGCUCCAGCUUAUUAUGGCGAAUUUGCUCCAAUUUUUCAGGUUGGAGGAGUUCAGCCUGUUCAGGGCGUGUUUGCUGGAAUGGAGAGCGUGAAUCAUGACGGUGAGGCGGUUCAGGGCCAAUCCAGUGAAAUUGUGGGUGGAGAAAUCGGUCUGGUCGCUGUUGUGGAACGGCCGGAUGAAAUUGGGGGCUCUGCUACUGGCGGUGAAAUCAAGAAGGUAUCCAAAGGACUCAAGAGCUUCGGUCAAAGUGGAGAAGUUCAGGGUCAGACUAUUGAACCUGCUGGAGUGAAGGAUAAUGGCAAAGGAAAGGUUGCCGGACACAAGGAAGAUACACCUAGCAAUUAUGAAAUUCCUGGCUGCGAAGGAACUGAAGACCGGUCUGGGUAUGGAGGUGAAACAAAGAAGGCAAAGCGUGGUAGACCUAAAGGAUGGAAGAGGGAAAAGAAGAAUUUUGAUCAUGGUGGAGAAGUUGAGGGUCAAACCGUUGAAUCUGCUGGAGUGGAUGGUGAUGCUAAAGAAAAGGUUGUCGGCCAGAAGGAAGAUUCACCUAGCAAGGAUGAAAUUCCCGAAACUGAUAGGUAUAACCUGAUGUGCAUUGAAAUUGCUGGCUCAAGUGAGAUUGAUGAGCAUAAGGAUGGCUGUGGCAGGCCAAAGGAGUCAAAUAUUGAGAAGCCAAUUCGUGAAAAUCAAGAAGUGGUUGUUGAAGGUGGUGCUGGUGUAGCUGGUGCCAUUGUUAAGCGGAAGGGGCGUGGCAGGCCAAAGGGUUCUAAGACCAAGAGGAAAAUUAUUUCACCUGAGAAAAAUGAAGAAAUACUAUAUGAUGAACUUGGGAGCCAUGGUGAAGUUGGAGGUGGAAUUGUUGGGAAGAAGUCUAGGCAAGGACAGCCUAAGGGUUCAGAGAAUAAAGAUAAGUCAGUUGUUGUUAAUACUCCACUCCAUACUGGUGGAGAAGAUGAGAAUGGAGAUGAUGUAGUUGUUCAUAACAAUUUUGGAGGAGUUGAAAUUAGAUCACAUUGUUUAAAGUGUGAAGAACACAAUGUUGGUGCUGAUGGAGAUUGGAGUGAGAGUAGCCAUUUUGGUGCUAAGAAUGGAAGUCAUGAUAAAGAUAGGAAGAGGAAUAAGCGAGGCCGGCCUAAGGGUUCUAAGAAUAAAUUGAAGCUAACUUUUCCGGCUGGUGAAGCUCCAAGGCUGACUGGUAAAGGGGACCAGAAUGGGGAUGGUGGAGUUGAGAAUGUAUCUCAUUGUUCAAAGGCUGAAGAACCUGGUUUUGGUGCUAUUGGAGGUUGGAGUGAGGCUGGCAUUUUUUCUUCUGAAAGUCAUGGCAGAGAUGGGAAUGUUGCUUGUGGGUCAAAUGGACACCCAAUACUUUCUGCUAGUGGAGAUUGCGGCAAAGUGCCUGGAACUUUCCAUGAAAAUGAGAAAGGAGACGAUAAUGUACCCAUGAAACGAAAGCGGGGCCGUCCGAAGGGAUCAAAGAAGAAGCAGCGGUUAAUUAUUGCUGGUGAAGUACUGAAAUGUUCUGACAAAGAACAGAAUGAUUUGGUUACUGAGAAAGAUGCUGGAAACUUAUUGGCUAAAUCUAGCAGUAAUAUGAAGAGACCCCAAGGAAGACCAAGAAAAUAUGUAAACAUAGAAGAGGAAAAAUCCUCCAAGAAAGAAGAAACAAAUGUAUUGGUGAAUUCAGGAUUAUCAGAUGAUAGCAGUUGGAGGAAAGAGCAAAGGAGGCUGUGCCACCAGUGCUUGAGGAGUGAUAAAAGUGGUGUUAUAUUUUGUUUAAAUUGCAGAAGGAAACGCUACUGUUAUGAGUGCCUUGCAAAGUGGUACCCUGGAAGGAGGGAGGAGGAAAUUCAGAAUGCAUGCCCAUUUUGUUGCGGAAAUUGCAAUUGCAGAGCAUGCCUUCAAGCGGAUGUUAUUGUAAAGGUUACUCAAAAAGAGCCAGGUGAGAAUAUCAGAUUACAUAGAUCGCUUUAUUUGCUACACAAAAUUCUCCCCCUUCUGCAACAUAUCCAAAGCGAGCAGAAUUGUGAGCUCAAUGUUGAAGCUAGCAUACUUGGUAAGGAAUUGACGGAAGCAGAUGUAGAAAAGUCCAGACUUGAUCUAGACGACAGAGUAUUCUGUGACAACUGCAAUACAUCCAUUGUCAAUUUCCACAGAAGCUGCUCAAAUCCUGCUUGUUCUUAUGAUCUUUGUCUCAAUUGUUGUCAAGAAAUCAGAAAAGGUUUUCAGCCUGGAGGUAGUGGAGCACAGCCUUCCAUUCAUCAGUUUCUGGAAAGGUUUAAUGAUCACUCUAAGGACGUGAAGGAUGAGAUUUCUGUGCAUCAGAAAGAAUAUGGUAUGGAGGGCCAAGAGACUCAAGUAAAUAAUAGCUUUGAUUGGAGAGCGAAGAUGGAUGGUAGCAUUCCUUGCCCUCCAAAAGAACUUGGAGGUUGUGGUGCUGGAACAUUGGUCAUGAGACGUAUCUUUGAUGCCAAGUGGGUGGACAACUUAAUUAGAAGUGCUGAGGAUCUUACGAUCAAUUAUCAGGCACCAGAUAUCAAUUUUUCUCAGGGAUGUUCUUUGUGCUUUCCUGUCAGAUCUGUAGGAGGUAAUGUGAAUGAUUCUGGAGUAAGGCUGGCAUCUUAUAGGGAGAACAGUCAUGAUAAUUUUCUGUACUGCCCAAAUGCUGUUAAUUCAGAAGAUAGUGAAUUUGAGCAUUUCCAAAUGCACUGGAUGAGAGGUGAACCUGUCAUAGUUAGAAAUGUGCUGGCAAACACAUCUGGUCUUAGUUGGGAGCCAAUGGUCAUGUGGAGGGCUUUCAGAGGUGCAAAAAGAAAAUUGAAAGAGAAUAACUUUUGCGUUAAGGCUAUUGAUUGCUUGGAUUGGUGUGAGGUUGAGAUUAACAUUCAUCAAUUCUUUAGGGGCUAUUUAGAGGGCCGCAGGCAUCAGACUGGCUGGCCUGAGAUGUUGAAGCUGAAGGAUUGGCCACCCUCAAACUCAUUUGAGGAAUGUUUACCAAGGCAUGGUGCAGAAUUUUUUGCUAUGCUUCCCUACGGUGAUUAUACGCAUCCCAGGUCUGGUCUUCUGAAUCUUGCUACAAAACUUCCAGAUGGUGCUUUGAAACCCGAUCUUGGACCAAAGACCUACAUUGCUUAUGGAUCUCCGGAAGAGCUUGGUAGAGGUGAUUCAGUAACUAAACUUCAUUGUGACAUUUCUGAUGCGGUAAAUGUACUGACACACACAACGGAGGUGAAGAUUCCUCCAUGGCAACAUAAAAUCAUAAAGAAGUUGCAGAAUGAAUAUGAAGCUGAAGACUUGCCUCUGCUUCAUGGCAGAACAGACGAGAUAUUUUGCACGCUUGAAAAAAUGCUGCCUAGACAAUCUCAGAAAGUAGAAAACAUGGAUAUUGAAUAUCCGGUGGAAACAAAUUUCAGCAAGGGGGAUGCUUCCUUACCAGAGAAUUUGAGGGAGGGAGGGAAAUUUGAUGAAGAACAUGAUGAGAGGACAUUGCCUUUGUUAGACUCUGUAGGUUCUGGAACAGACUGUUUUCAAGGAUACCCUGCUUUUUCUGAAAGGAUGGUGGUAGUUUCUAACACCAAUAGUCAAUCUCCCAGUGAAUUGAAAAGAAAAGAUCUGACAUUUGACUUUUACAUUCAUGUCUCGGAAGACUCUAGCUCACUUUUUACUGAAAGACAUGGUAAAGAGACAAGUGUUUUUGAUGCUAAACAGCCGAUGUUUCAAACGCAUGCAAAACCACCUUGUACUGGAAAAACUGAGCUUGAUGGUAAAAUGAGCACUGCUCUCUUAGGUGAUGGUGGAGGUAAUGAACCAGACUUUAUAAAGCCAGAACUAGUUCAGACGGAUGUGGCCUCCAGUGAUUAUGUCAAACAAUGCGAUAUUAGUGGGAGGAGUGUUCCCUUUGAAGAUGUUGUACAUACUGUUUCCAGCAAUCCUGUCCCCAAGGAGUUAUGUCAUGCUGAUCAACCAGGUGCAGAGAUUGACAUUGCUGGAAAUGUAUCACACUAUCAGAAAAGUAGUCAAUCUCAUGGUGUCCCAACAACAAACGGGCUUAAGAAUGAGCAGGAUGAUUUAGGAUUAACGCUCUUAGAUAAACAUAGAGAUAAAAAUCUAAGAUUGACAGAGCCAGAACCAGGUGAUAUAGGUGUAGACCCUAAUUUUUCUGCAAAGCGUAACAGUGUUGCUGAAAAUAAUUCAUUCUCACCAGACAAUAAAACAAGUACAAGGGAUUCAUGUGACCAGAGAUUUUCUCAACCCUCUGAUGUCUGGGAGGUGAAGCCCAUCAGUGAUGAAGAUGAUAAAGAGGCAGCCUUUUUGGAAAAUAAACCCGGUAAUUCAGUACCGGAGGGGGAGAAUUUGGUUCCAGUGAAUGAUACUAUCCAAAUCAACAAAUCUUCGAAGGUUGCACAAGGAAGUGCUGUAUGGGACAUCUUCCGUAGACAAGAUGUUCCCAAGUUAACUGAAUAUUUGAAGAAGCAUAGGAAAGAAUUUCACCACAUCAACAAUUGUCCUGUGAAUUCUGUUUGUCAUCCCAUCCAUGACCAGACCUUUUAUCUGAAUGAGAGGCAUAAGAAGCAACUCAAGGAGGAAUACAAUGUCGAACCUUGGACGUUUGAGCAAUACGUUGGAGAGGCUGUGUUCAUUCCUGCUGGAUGCCCACAUCAAGUGAGAAACAGACAGUCCUGCAUUAAAGUGGCCCUUGACUUUGUAUCCCCCGACAAUGUUCAAGAAUGCAUUCGGUUGACAGAGGAGUUUCGCAUGCUUCCUAAAUCCCAUAGAUCUAAGGAGGAUAAAUUGGAGGACUUGGCAACGGGGAAGAUGAUUGGUGCAGCUGAGGAGAAGAAUUGACUGUAUGUUCUAAACCGAAGGACCUUAUUACCCACCCUAGCCUGCACAUCUCAAUCUUAGCCAUCAUUCUGAAAUUUGGUUUCACCAUUAUCGGCUGGGCCAUCCAUCUUUUUCUUUGUUAAAAACAAUGUUUCCUCAGUUAUUUCAACAAGUAGAUCUUAGUAAUUUGCAUUGUGAUGUGUGUUAAAUUUCCAAACACCAUCGAGUUUUAUAUCCUAUUAGUAAUACAAGGUCUUCACACCUUUUUCCUUUAGUUCAUUUCGAUGUUUGGGGGCCAUCUAGGACUCCUAAUUGUUCGGGAGUUAGGUGGUUCAUCUCUUUUAUAGAUGAUUGCACUCGAAUGAUUUGGAUCUUUCUUUUAAAAGAUAAAACUGUUGUUAGCAUGAUCUUGUGUUGGUAUUUUAUGAAGAAAGAAGAAAAGGGAAGGGGAAAAACAACAAAGCAAAAGUCAUAUAUUUUAUUUAAUCGUAAACUCUAAUUUAUACAGCUAAAAUGUAAACUGAAAUGAGCAUAAAGUAGAGAAUAAUAUGGCAAAACAUCCCGCCAAAACAGCUAACAAACAAUAUCAGAUAGUUGUUAAUUUAUUGGUUAUGGAUAAUCCUAAUUUAUCUUGACUCAUUUAAACCACAUCAGCAGCUACUAAGUCAAAAUUCAACGCUCCUCCUUGACUUUGAGACUGCAAAUGCAAAUUUUAAAUUUUGGCAUGUCUUAAAUAUAAGCAUAUGGAUAUUUUAUGGUUUAUGGUUAUGAGGCAUAGGUAUGGUUAUGGGGGCAUUUUAUGAUUUAUGGUUAUAAGGCAUAGAUAUGGUUAUGGAGCUUAGGCAUGAAUAUGAUUUUGAGUAGAGUUAGAAAAACUCCUCAUCUAGUUGGCUAUUUAUUGUUGCUUUGGCUUCAUCUUGGGGAUUUUUACUAUUAAUGGCAGAGUUAGCUGGUAGAGAAGUGGCCAUGGUAUUUUGAGAUUUGGGCUCCAUUGUCAGCAUAUUCAGAGAUAAUUUUAUUAGAUAAUCCGACUGGCUUCUUGCAGAGGUGUAGAUCUUCUCCUCAAAUCUACUUGCAAUUUGCUUGAGUUUUUGAAGUCCCUCUUGUCCAGAAAAAGGAAGGUGCCUCUUCAAAGUGUCCAUGAUUUUGUUAGCAAUCUCUUGUAGUUCAUUGGGUGGCAACUGGGUCCUCCAAACAGCGCCAGAACUUCCAAUUUCCAUCAUAGAUUUAAUAGCACCUUGAGCAGAACUCCAGUUAUUGGUAUCCAUCGAAGUUCCUGUGCAUUUGGGGAAUUUCAGCUAAUACCGGCAUGGUAGGAUGGCAUGUUGUUGGGGCUGCUGUUGAAGGUGUAGCACGGUAGGUCAUCGGUGUUGGUUUUCUCUCAACUAACAGGUCCCUCAAGAAAAACGCUCCGAUACCAUCUGUUGGUAUUUUAUGAAGAAAGAAGAAAAGAGAAGGGGAAAAACAGCAAAGCAAAAAGUCAUAUAUUUUAUUCAAUCGUAAACUCUAAUUUAUACAGCUAAAAUGUAAACUGAAAUGAGCAUAAAGUGGAGAAUAAUAUAGCAUAACAUCCAGCCAAAACAACUAACAAACAAUAUCAGAUAGUUGCUAAUUUAUUAGUUAUGGAUAAUCCUAAUUUAUUUUGACUUCUUCAAACCACAUCAGCAGAUACUAAGUCAAAAUUCAACAUCUUGCCUCAAUUUUAUUCGAGAUCUUAACUCAAUUUGGAUCCUCUAUUCAAAGGUUUAGGACUGAUAAUGCAAGGGAUUAUUUUAAUCAUCACUUGCAUCAUUUCUUUAAUGAAAAAGAGUUGUUCAUGAAUCUUUCUGUAUCAACACUCCACAACAAAAUGGAGUGGCUAAAAAGAAGAUGAGACAUCUCCUAAAUGUCACUAGAACUCUUCUUCAUCAUUACAAUGUCCCUAAAACUUUUUGGGGAGAAGCAGUUCUCUUUGCAGCUUAUCUCAUUAAUCAAGUGCCCUCCAAACUUCUUGGCUAUAACAGUCCUUUCCAAUGUCUCAUCUCUCACUUUCCUCAUCUUAGCUUGCACACCCCUCAACCUCUUAGGGUCUUUGGAUGUGUUACCUUUGUCCACAUACCAGUAUUCAAAAACGCGCUAGGCGCUAGUCGGGCGCCUAGGCGGCGACUAGGAAAAAUGAUUUUUUUUUUUUCUAAA